UUUUCUGUCUAUUCCAAUAGUGACUAAGCGUAUUUGUUACUUUUGUACUUAAGAAGCAUAUUCACUGCUGUUUGACUUUAUGUAAUAAUUCAAUUCAUGUGAAUAUGCAUAAUACAAACGAAUCAACAUGACUUGAAGUUUGAUAUCUGUAAUGGGAUGGGACAUACUCGUUAUGUGAUGAUAAAUUGGAAGUGUAUUAUAUGAGAAGAUAGAAAAAUGAGGGCUUAUGGACUAUUUUUUGAUGUGAUUAUACUCAGUUUGGUAUUGAGUGUAUGUCUAAGCUAUGGACAAAGUACUUCUACAUUUUCUGCAUCAAAUACAUCUGUGACAAGUGGACUCACAAUUCCUAAUUUCAACUCGACUGCUCCAACAGCUCCAAGCACCACAGUUGAAUCAUUAACUGCUUUGACAUCUACACUGGGAAACGGAACUACCACCACAGAAGUUAUUUCUGCUUCUCCGGUUUCAUUGGUCAAUUAUAAUGAUACUUCUCAAUCAAAUGUUUCAAGUGAAGUCACCUUGGCACAGAAUGUCACAACUUCAUCUACUUCUACUAACAAUAUAGCAUCUGCAAUUACUACAAUGGCUGGUUUAAAUGAAUCUAACACAUCAAGUGCAACUACUCUGACUACCAAUGAAAGCUUGAAUGUCUCAACUACGACUUUUUCUGUGAAUUCUAAAAAUAGUUCAGUUUGGUCAAAUGGAUCAUCUACAGAUAGCCUUACAUAUGGAACUGCUGCAGCUACUUUACCAACUACCAGCGUCUUAAAUGGAAUCAAUACAACUGAUGAUACUAUAACAUCUAACACUGUUUUAUACAAUUCGACAUCAGAAAACUUAACAUUAGCAAAUGGAACGCUCAUAACUUCAAAUACUUCUCUGUUAGUUUCAACAACAGAGAAUAAUAUAAUUGUAAAUUCUACAACAGAAUUGCCAGGGUCGGUCACAGCAGCAAGUAAUGCAGACUUCCUGAAUAGUACAAGCACAGAAAGUUCCACAUAUCAAAAUGAUGUUAACAAUCAAACUUUAGGUGUAACAGACUACGUGACAAGUGAUAUUGUAACAACAAGUAAUAAUAGUACAGUGAUGACAGUAAGUUUAAAUACUACAAAUUCAAGUCUUUGGACAAAUUUUAUUGAUGAGACGAGUCCAUUUCCAUCUAUAAAUACUACUAUCCAAUCCAACCAGACUUCAGUCAUUGAAAGUACUACAGACUUCUCUACUAUGACACAAAGCAAUUUUAAUUCGACCACUUCUGGACAAGAAUCUACUUCUGAAGUACCUAUUAUGUCAUCAUUGUCCCAUAAUGUUACUGAGUAUGAUGUUGUAACCACUGAUAGUACUGCAGUGUCUGGUAUUACAACUGAUUACACAACUAAUGCUGAAUUUACCACAACUACUCCAACUAUGUCAGAAACCACUACAAUUCCAAUUCCAUUCACUGAAGCUGAAGGGAGUAAUUCUACUAUGACAAUUGAGGAAAGCACAGCUAUGAUUAGUACAAAUACUGAGCUUUCUUCAACGGGUCCUCCUACCAAUGCAAACUCAACAAAUAUAUUGCAAACUAAAGCUGCUACUGUAUUUGACGACAAUGCAACUAUGUUAAUUACAAAUGCAACCGAAAGUGAGGCAUUAACAGAAGCAACAACUAUAGGAACAACUUCACUAGUUCAAAAAGACAAUUUUACUACAAUUCCUGAUUCAACAACAAACUUUAGAUUUAAUGAUACAAUUCUAACUACUACCUCUGCACCCAAUGCAACUAUUUUUCCUCCUAUUGAAGUUUCAGCAACAAUUACAUAUGAAGCCAAUGCAACGACUGUCGAUCAAAUGGAAUAUAAUAUAACUACUGAUUUCACUACACUACCAAGUGAGAUUGGUAGCAUUGCACCAACAACAUUUGAACCAUCAAUCAAUGUCACCACAUUAGCUGAUAUCAAUGUAACAACUUUGGAUAUUUCAACCAUUUCUCAAGAAGCAAGUUCUACAGUGAACACUAAUACUUAUUAUGAAAUAAUCAGUUCAACUUCCUAUACUAAUUUAACUGAUCGACCUUUAACAAUUCCAACUGUAUUUGAAGGCAAUACAACUUCAGACAUAUCUUCACCAAUAACCAACACAAUGUUAGUCACUACCAUAAUAGAUAAUGUGACAACUUCCAACAAUACAUCAUUAUCAGAUACUACAAUCUCACAAAACAGUACCGGUGCGCCUAACACAAUCAAUACAGUAACAAAUGAUGGUGACAUAGCAUCUGAAAAUAAUUCUCUGCCUUCGACCACCCAAACUUUUCCAAAUUUUGUGGAAACUAGUUCUGAUACUAUUAGUACUUUGAGCUCUAAUAAUAUAACAAACAUUAUGGCAACAACUGCAAAUUUGUCAUCAUCUUCAAUAACUCCAACCAUUCCGGAAACCAGUUAUGUGAUGAACGAUACUAUGAGUUCAGAUCUGUUGAAUACAACAUCGAAUGGUAUCAUUGAUGCUACUACUCAGUCUGUAUUAGAAAUUUCAACUUCAAUUGUUGAGGUUGGUACAGGUAAUGCAACUAAUGUUAUAAAUUUCUCAACUGAUGGGCAGGCAACUGAGACAACGUCAAAUUCAAAUGCUACCAGUGUAGAUCUAUCUAGCGGUACAUCUUCUGAUAUUUUUACCACUGAAAACACCAUCACAAAUACUGGCUUUUCAAUGUCAACAAUUCCCAGUAAUGCUACACCUAUCACUGUAACUGAUACUACAGUAGUACUGAACACUACCAACCAGCCAUCCCUUGACCCCACAGCAGUCACCGAUGCUACAACAAAUCUUGGUUUCAAUUUUACAAUUUCUUCCGAUGUAUCACUAACUACUGGUAAUACCACAUCACCUGAUAACACUGUAACCAAUGAAAUAACAAUGCCAAAUGUUGCCACUCAAGAUAUUGGUAAUUUCACAAUUUCAGGAACUAUUACCAAUACUGGAUCAACAACGAAUUCUGAAGCACCAACUACAUCCAACAUGAUUAUUACUACUGACUUUGGACCAACUGUACUGAAUACAACUACACAAGAUAUUACAAAUUUCUCAACAGCUAUAUCCAAUAUCACAACUGUUACUGUUACCUCCAGUUUCCCAGCUAUAACUCAAACAUCACAAGGGUCAAAUACAACAUCAAAGAUGACCUCUGUUUCUAAUACUACCAAAAUGCGGCAGGAAUCAACUACUAUGGACACAAGCAAUAUUUCAUCCUCAACAAAUAUCAUUUCCUCCACCUCAAUAGACUCCACUAUCAACGGAACAACCUUAGCAACUCAAGAUGCUACAUUUACCUCUGAAGGUACGACUGUACCAAGCUCCACUUUCACUAUCGCAGCUAACGUAACUACCAUGGGUACUACAGAUAAUCUUAUCAACGCUUCAACCAUUUUGAGUACUCUGAAUUCAACAAUUUCUGAAGGAACAGUAGCAUCGAAUACUACUAAUAUGGAUAUUUCAACCACUGUGAAUGGAUCAACUAUAUCAGCUAUGGAUGUCACAACUGAUCAAAUUAGCAAUGGACCAAUUACUGGUUCAUCAAACAGUACCACUAUUGCUUCGACCACCACUCAAGAUUUCACAGUAGCUGAUACGUCUGUAAUUGGUACCUACAUACCAGACUCCUCUGUUAACCCUUCUACACCUAGUUUUACGGUAUCUGGAGGAACACUAGUGUCGAAUACUACGAUACAAGAUGCCACAAAUACUCCAGAUGCCUUCACCAUAACCAAUACUAUUUUGGAUACUACCAUCAUAUCAAGUUCAGAUUCGGGCACAGAAGCUUUCUCAACUGUAAGCAGUACAGAAAAUACAAGCAAUUUUGCUUCAGCAAUGUUCGAUACUACCCUUACAUCUGAAAAUAUGACAAAUAACAUUAAUGUCUCAACCAGUUCUGGUGGCAUUGUAGAUACUACAUCAUCUGGCACUGAAGCUUUCUCGGCCAUAUCCAGUACAGAUAUCACUAGCAAUUUUGUUUUAGCUUCGUCUGAUACUACUUUCACAUCUGAAAAUAUGACAAACAGUAGGAAUGUCACAACAAGUUCUGAUGGUAUGGUUGAUACUACAUCAUCUGGCACCGAAAAUUUCUCAACUCUAUCCAGUGCAGAUAUCACAAGCAAUUUUGAUUCAUUAUCGUCUAAUACUACUUCCACAUCCGAAAAUAUGACCAAUAAUACUAAUGUCACAACCAGUUCUGGUGGUAUUGUAGAUACCACAACAUCUGGCACUGAAGCUUUCUCGACCGUAUCCAGUAAAGAUAUCACAAGCAACUUCAUUUCAGCAUCGUCUGACACAACUUUUACUUUCGAAAAUAUGACAAAUAAUAUUAAUGUCACAACCAGUUCCAGUGGCAUAGUUGAUACCACAGCUUCUGGCACUGAAGCUUCCUCAACUGUAUCCAGUACAGAUAUCACAAGCAAUUUUGUUUCAGCAUCGUCUGAUAUUACCCUUACAUCUGAAAAUAUGACAAAUAACAUUAAUGUCACAACCAGUUCUGAUGGUAUUGUAGAUACCACACCAUCUGGCACUGAAGCUUCCUCUACUGUAUCCAGUACAGAUAUUACAAGCAAUUUUGUUUCAGCAUCGUCUGAUACUACUUUCACAACCGAAAAUAUGACAAAUAAUAUUAAUGUCACAACCAGAUCUGGUGGUAUUGUAGAUACCACACCACCUGGCACUGAAGCUUCCUCAACUGUAUCCAGUACAGAUAUCACAAGCAAUUUUGUUUCAGCAUCGUCUGAUACUACCUUUACAUCUGAAAAUAUGACAAAUAAAAUUAAUGUCACAACCAGUUCUGAUGGUAUUGUAGAUACCACACCAUCUGGCACUGAAGCUUCCUCCACUGUAUCCAGUACAGAUAUCACAAGCAAUUUUGUUCCAGCAUCGUCUGAUACUACUUUCACAACCGAAAAUAUGACAAAUAAUAUUAAUGUCACAACCAGUUCUGGUGGUAUUGUAGAUACCACACCACCUGGCACUGAAACUUCCUCAACUGUAUCCAGUACAGAUACCACAAGCAAUUUUGUUUCAAAGUCUGAUACUACAUUUACCUAUGAAAAUGUUACAAAUAACAUAGAUGUCACGACCAGCAGCAUUGUAGAUACCACAUUUUUACCUGGAAAUAUUACCGAAAAUACGGGAAGCACAACAGAUUCGUACAUUUCCACCAUUCGUGAUGUAACAGUCGCAUCUAGCAGUGCAAUUAGUGGUACAGAUUCCACAACGAAUAUUGGUAAUUCUACGAUCCCUGGUACUGUCGUCUCUAAUACCGUAGAUAUUCUGAGCAGCACUACUGGUAAAACCAAUGUUACUAGUACCAUCAACAACACUGUUCAAUCUCCAUAUACAACUGAUCUACCAUCAACUGAACUGUCAUCAGUAACAGCAACAGAUAACAACACUACAACAGCUGCUAGUAUCUUCAAUCCUACUGUGCAAAUAAAGUUUGCACUCUUGAACAACCACACUGAAAAUGUCACAUCAACUGGUUUCCAGCUUAAAUUGGCCAGAAGUUUAGCUCAAAGCUAUAGUAAUGUAACUGCUACAACAAGAAGAAAAAGAGCUGCUUCAGCUGUUAGCUCAAAUGGAGAAUAUAAUGUUACAGUUCUUGACACAUCAAUUGACCCAAGCAAUGAAGUUACAGCUGAUUACACUGUAAAACGUAAUGGAAUCGACUUAUCUGGAACCGAAGCUUCUGCUCUUCUGGCUGACUCUUCUGAUAUUAUUGUAACAAAUCUACAAGCUGAAAAUAUUGCAGUUCAGAAUGUCACUUCAGAACCAGCAGUUGUACCCUUAGAAACAACUACAACACAACUAUUUACGAAUGCAAUAGAUCAAUUAAGUACUAUGUCUGGUACUGUAACAAAAGAUACUGUUACCAUUGUAUCUCAAAAUACAACAACUCUGGAAACUAAUAGUAGUAUCACAAUGGAAAGCGUCACUAGUUCAUCUAUCCCUACAACUGAUACUAUAACUACCAACACCCAAAUGGAUGAAAGCAAUGUUACAGUUACAACUGAUUUAACUCCAUACUUAGUUGAAUUGAAUUUAAAGCUUCAAGAAUCACUGUUUGAUAGUACUGAACUGGAAAAAAACACUGCAAAUAUGCUUGCCUUAUAUUACAAUGAAACAUACUUUUUACCCUCUUCAAUGAAUAGGAAGAAAAGAGCUAUUGUAUCCAGUGUUAUAGGAGAUUUCAAUGUUUCAAUUAUAGAAACAAGAGAUAAAAACACUCGAGACCCAUUCUUCAAUUACACCCUGAAAAUAAAUGACACUCUCAUCAAUAGUGAUGAAGCUAUAACUAGACUCAAUUUGCAAGAUCCUGGCAGUCUCCAUAAGCUACAAGAUUGGGGAUUAAUUGCUGAACUUCCAACAAUUGAAAAUGCCAUCUUCAGAGCUGUAAGUUCGACUACAAUGGGUAUUACAGAAACAACUACAACACAACCAUUCACCAAUACAAUAGAUCAAUCAAGUACUAUGUCUGGAGCUGUAACUGCAGAUACUGUUACCAUUGUAUCUCAAAAUACGACAAGUCUGGAAACUAAUACUAGUAUCACAAUGACAACUGUAACUAGUUCCCCAAUCACCACAAUGGAUAAUAUAACCACCAACACCCAAACGGAUGAAAGCAAUGUUACAGAAACUACUCUAGAACCAAGUAUCACCUUAAACACCACGCUGGGUAUUAUGUCAAAUGAUACAACAUUUGUAACUUCUAUCAGCUUCAGUGUACCAAUUACCAAUAACACAAACCAAUUUUCCACCAUUGCCCCAGAGUUCAAUAUUACCAUACCUGCUAGUGAGGUCACAACAGUUGACAACCGGACUAUUUCUGAGACUACAGACUUCACCACUGUAUCUCAAAUCGGAACUACUCUUCCAGUUACCAGUAUAACUAAUCAAUCUACUCCUGUUUCAACAACCAUGAUAACUGGCAAUAUGUCAACCACUAUCGAUGAUUCAAGUACAAAUCGUAUUGUACGAUUCAAGUUUGUGCUCUCAAACAACCACACUGAAAAUGUUGGCUCCAAUGAUUUUCAACUGAGGCUGGCAAGGAGUUUGGCCCAAAGCUACAGUAAUGUUACUUCUACAACAAGAAGAAAAAGAGCUGCUUCGGCUGUCAGCACAGACGGACAAUAUAAUGUUACGGUUCUUGACACAUCAAUUGACUCCAGCAAUGAAGUGACCGCAGACUACACUGUAAAACAAAAUGGAAUAGAUUUAUCUGGCACAGAAGCUUCGGCUGUUCUGGCAGGAUCAUCUGAUGUUAUUGUAGCAAAUCUACGAGCUGAAAGUAUCGCUGUUCAGAAUAUUACUUCAAAACCAGCAGUUGUACCCAUAGCUUUGUCAACAUCAACGACUUUAAAUACAGCCGAAACGAUAACAACACAACCAACCACCAACCCAAUAGAUCAAUUGAGUACUACGUCUGGAAUUGAGAUUACAAAUACUGUUACAACGGCAUCUGGAAAUGCAACAGUUUCGGAAACUAAUACUAGUAUCAUAUUGGAAACUGGCACCAGUUCACCAAAUACCACAAUAGAUAAUAUAACUACCAACACCCAAUCGGAUAUCAACAAUGUUUCUGUAACCACUCUAGAACCCACUUUGAAUACCACUUUGAACAUGAUGGCAAAUGGAACGACAUCUAUGACACCUACCAGUUUCAGUAUACCAAUAACCAAUAACACAAACCAAUUUUCCACUAUCUCCCCAGAGUUCAAUUCUACCAUACCUUUUAUGGAGAUCACAACAAGUAACAACCAAACUGGUCCAGGGACAGUCUCUCCAGAUUUAACCACUCUUAUUGAAAUCAGCACUUUUCAGUCAGUUACAAAUUUUACUAACCAAUCAUCUACUAUUUCAACAACUAUUUCUGCUAGUAGCACCACAACAAACAACCAAACAGUUACGGACACAGUGAACACCUCUACAGCCAGUUUAUUGGAUCAAUCAACUGUUUUUACUCUGAAUAUGACCACUAUCGAGACUACAGCAACCAAUAAUCAAACUAUAUUAGACUUGGUAACGUCCAACAUGACAACUACCAGUGAAACCAAUACUAUUCCAUCAAUUUCAAAUUUUACAGACCAGUCAAUUGCUGCUACCACAGAAAUAUCAAUUACUAAUACCACAAUAAUUGAUAACCAAACCAUAAUUGCAGUAUCAUCAGAAACUAGUACUUUUACACCAUUUGUUAGUGUAACUGCUCCACUGAAUACCACAUUUGAUUUAUUUACCUCUAUUCCUAUAAGUAACCAAACAGCUGCUGUAAUGGAGACUACUACCAUUUCAGUAAACAAUGCCACAUCCACGAUAACCUCUUCAAUUGUUAAUGUAACAGCGAGCAAGUUUGAGACCAGUACUUUUAUGACAGCAACCAAUGUCACAUCCCAAACAGUACCAGAAAGCACUUCUUUGUUACCGUUCACCAACCAAUCAACUAGUUUUUUUGAGACCAGCACCGCAUUGGUAACAAAUGCAUCAGACCAAUUUACAACUGAGGACUCUGGAAUCAAUCCUACUGACAGCCUUUUCACUUCAAUUAGAACAAGUUUAAAUACCAGUACUGGUGUGACAGAGACCACUUCUAUUGUUAUUGGGAUAAGCACUAAUGUGCCCACCACAGUAUUCACGAUGCAAACUGGAAUAUCAAAUACUACAAUGGAUACAGUUGUUACAGCUGAAACAACGACCAGUUCUCCAGCAGUAGAAACAACCACCCAAGCAAUUGUGGAUAUAAUAUAUAUUUGUCAAUUUAGAUUUAUACAGACCACUUCAUCAGUAAUUGAUGACUCUUUCAAUCAAGCAAUAGCAGAAUCCUUGGCCGCUACAUUUAAUGAUUUGUCAACUUCGUCCAGGAGAAAAAGAUCUGUUUCAGCCACCAAUGGAACUUUUACAGUCACUGUACUCAACUCGGAAUUAAUUGAUUCCAGUGAAGUUGAAACCAAUUUUACAGUGACUGAAAAAAAUGUUUCCCUAACUGGUCAAGAUGCUGCUCAGAGACUGGAAAAUUCGACAACAGUUAUUGAGACAAAUAUGAAUAGCAGAAAUUUAAAUGUUUCGUCAAUUUCUCAGAAUCCAACGGCUGUAGUUAAAGCAACAUCUGACACAACUACUGCACCUACUCUCAUAGACACUACCAACCCUGUGGGGACUGAAAGCACUGCGAUACCUAUUGUUGAAGCAACUACGGAUUCAACGAAUGAUUUAACUCCAUACUUAGUGGAAUUAGGUUUGAAGCUUAGUGAAGCACAGGUUGAUAUUACAGACGAAUUUUUACUGGAAAAAAACACUGCAAGUGUGCUUGCCUCAUAUUACAAUGAAACAUCUUUUUUAACUUUGUCAACGAAUAGAAAAAAAAGAGCUAUUGUAUCCAGGGUUGUAGAAGCUUUCAAUAUUUCAAUUGAAGAAACAAGAGAUAAAAACACAGAAGACCCAUUCCUCAAUUAUACCCUCAAAAUAAAUGACACACUCAUCAAUAGUGAUGAUGCCAUCACUGAACUGAAAGUGCAACUUGAUGGCAGUUUUGUUAGGCUACAAUUUUGGGGAACUUAUUUUGGGCUUCCAAAAAUUGAAAGUGCCACCUUCAGAGCUGUAAGUUCGAAUUCAACAGUCAGUCUUCCAGCAACUACAAGUGCGGUAACACCAUCGUCAGGAAGUGUUACUAUAGCAACAACCAGUAUUUCAACUUUGACUGAAACAUCCGCCGCAGUAUCUGACGUCAAAACAGUGUCAGUGACCAUUACAGACGGUUUAACCACAAGUCCAACGUCAGAAAUGGUUACUAUAGCAACAACCAGUAUUUCAACUUUGACUGAAACAUCUGAGGUCACAACGACAGCAAGUACUGCACUACCUGUGGCAGAUACCACCACAAGUCCAACCAUUGCUACUACUAUGCCCCCUGUGAUUAGUACUGAGACCACUCCUGAACCAGUUACCAGUGUAUCAACAGAUACUGAUACACCUACUAAUGCAGCCGUUACUAUUGAUAGUACCAUGUCUGUAAAUACAACAUCAUCAAUUACCAUAUCAUCUACUAACACCAGUUUAACUACAACAAAUAGUGUACCGACUGUACCAAGUUCUUCUACAAAUACUGAAACACUUACUAACUCUGCCACAUUAAUUAUAGACACCACAUCAGUAAGCUUCAGUACUAUACCAGGUUCUGAUACCACAUCUGUUACUGUAUCUACCAGCUCUGCUUCUAAUGUCACUACAGCAGUUGUAGAUAUAACACCAGAUGUGACUUCACUGGUUACCAAUGUAACUGCAUUCACAAGCUUCACUACUAAUGCAACAGAAGGUACAACAGUUGCUGUUCCCUAUGUAUUUCCGUGGUACCUUAUCGUUAUUAUUGUUUUGGGGAUUGUCUGCCUUAUAUUGUUCAUAUUAGCAGUUUUUCUUUGCUACAAGUUAUGCUGUCGAAAAAAAGCUGAUAAGGUUGCUAUUGUUGGGCAAGGUACAACAAGCUUUGAACCACCUCUGCCUCGGGAGCCCGUUGUAACUCGGGAUAUUAAAAAUGACGCACAACCUGUUCCGCCACUAAUUCCAGUACCCAGCCCGGAAGUACAUGUAGAAGUUGCGAGACCUUUACUGAGAGAAUCUCAUCGGCCAGAAGAUCAGUCCAGUAUUGAAUCAGAAGAAACGCCAAGGCCAAAGAGAAAACCUAAAGCAGAGCGUUUGCCACCUAUCACAACAAAAAGAGUCCCAGUAGUUCACAAACCAUCUCCGUCAGCUUCUAUGUCUUCUGAUCCACUUGUACCUAAGUUUCGAUCUACCAUUCAUCCUAUUAUUUUACCUCCUAUUAAUUCUGUGAUAUCUAGAGAUAUGAGGGACUCAUUGACUGAGGAUGCAAUGAUGCACCAACGCCGAGAAAUUGAAAGACAUAAAAAUAAAGUCAGAUUAAGAAGGCGAGCAUCAAGAAAUGAACCCUAUAGUGAUGGAAGAGAUGAUAUUAACAGAGUUAUUGAUCCUGGAACACCAGAUGUCUUUAAGAAACCACAUAGGAAGAGGUAUCAUCGGACAAAAGGAAAACUGAAUCUGGGAGAUCCUACUAUUAUACCGAUAGAACCUACUGAAAGAUAUCACCAAGAUUUUGAAUCUUCUAGCACAGAUUCUGGUGUUACAUCACCAGAGACAACUCGUAAAAAGAUGGCAAGUUUACUAGCAGACGCUUUCAAUCUAAUUUCACCAAGUGCUCAGAAAAACAUGGUUGGACCCACACCACCUAUGGUUGUGCAACCUGCACCUGCACAUGAUCGUCCACUGAUGCAUCAUCCAGACGGUAGAACAUCAACUCCCCACCAUCGAGUAAUGACACCUGCUGGGUAUUCGACAGAUCUUGCACAGACACCUACAGGACAUUCUUCACUUUCCCCUCCUUCACCAGGAAACAGUGAAGUUCUCUUUACCAGAAGGCAACCACCCAUCGUUAUGAUGCCACCUAAUGGUGACAUAGGUCAGAUACCUGCUGUAUAUUCUGGUCCAACACAGAGUGGUAAACCGCUGUAUAUAACACCUAUAAGACAACAGAUGCCACCAGGAGAUGAUUCACAAUCUCCAGUUUGGACACCUUACAGAACAUACGAUUCUCUCGCGAGAAUGCAAAGUCAACCGAAUUCGACGUACGGAAAUACAAACUACAACAACAAUAACCAACCUGUGCAAGGAGAUGGUCAAUUUUUACAUCCUGGGUCAAGUGGAAGCUACCAGCAACCCCACUUAGGAACUAAUUCACCCCUACCUGGCACAAUGCCUACAUCUAUUGACUUGAAUGAAAGUUACUUCCCCCCACCUCAGACAUUUCAAACAACAUUACCUUCCGAUGCUACUACAUCGGGUUUCGAACCUGGGACCUCACAACAACAAGAACCUCAUCCAUCAGCAGCAAUACUGCAAUCUAUAAAAGAUGAACUGGCUAAAAUUUCAGGAAGAUCAUCCACUCCUGUGCAAAACAUAACGGAAACUGAACCAAAUGAUAUUGCUACAAGAGAUUAUGGCAAAGAAUCAGAGGCAUGAUGGCAUACAAACCAGGAGAUAGUUAAUCAAUAUUUAAAGCAAGGAUGAAAUCUAUUAACCUUGAUCCUCUUGGUUUCACUUCCCAGUAAAAUUGUGUGUUCAAAUAUUUCUUGUAAUUUUGUUUGGUAUAGUUUUUAUGUUACAAGCUGGAAAAAUUAAACUCGAUUGACUAUAUAUUAAAUUGAAUAUAUAAACAGACAUGCAUUUCACUGGAUAUUCAUGCAGUCUGUCAAGCUAGAAUAUGUAUGGAAAUAUUAUCAUAAUAUAACUAAUUCCAUUUUAAUGGGUUUGGAAUUGUGAUUUUUAAGCCAAAUCCGAAAGCUGCACUUGGCACUAAUAAUGUUUCUACAUUAAAAUUGAAUUCAGCAUUUUUCAUUUCUUUAAAUUGAAACUCGAAAAUAUAUGAUGUCUUUCGUUCAAAUAUUUAGGAGCUUUCAGUGCAGGCGUAUUUUGAAAUUUACAUUGAACCAUGUUUGAAAAAGUCUCAAUACAAAUUCACCAAGUUUUAAUUGAAAUUGCUUCGAAUUCAGUCAUUAUUUAUUCAUUUUUUAGAUUUUGCACUACAAAGAUUGAGCAAAUAUUUGCUUUAUAAUUAUUUUUACUUUGCUGCUAGUAUUGCUUUAUAUCAUUUGAAACUUUUACACCAACUUGUAAAAUUAUUACGAACACCUUGCUUUUCACACACGAAUUGCUAAUUUCAUUGCAAAUUUUUACAAUUAAUGAUAACUCAAUUUUAUACUUUUCUGCUUCUUUUUAUCACAUUGCUAGAAUUUUGACCAAAUUUGCUAUUUUUUGCUUUUCAACACAGUAUUUUAUUUUAUUUUGAAAAAAUAAUGACACAAUUUUUUUUAUAUUUUUACAUUGUGAAUCAUUAUACUGUUCCAGCUAUGUUACUUUGAAAUGUUUUACUUAAUCGUCUUGCAUUGACCGUGCCAUAUUUUUUUAUGAAGAUUCAAGAUAUUUAAUAUUGAAAGAAUAAAUAACACGAGGAAACUGAAUUAACCUAAGUGACAAGUUUUAAAAAAGACGCUGAUUUCAAGUUUUCGCAAACAAAACAAAAAACUAACUAACUAACAAUUGUGAAAUUCGACAGGCUUUUGUGCUCUAAUCCGUAAGGUAUCUCAAAUUUAUAUUUCUUAUUAUAACAAGGAUAGAGUAUUAUAGCGCCUAACUUAAUAUGUGUAGUUAUUUGUAAACACUUUAAACCAACUCAAUCCAAUUGUAAUAUAAAGGAAGCUAUGAUAGCAAUAGUAUUUGCUCUCAUUAUUACAGUAGUACUGAUUUGUGACGUUUUUGUUAUUUUUUAUUUAAUAUACUGUGAUUAUUUUUAUUAGUAUUACUGUAUUUCAUGUAUUUGCACUUACCGGUAGUUCUCUUCACUUAACAUCUUAUAUCGCUUUUGAAGUAGGAAGUUUUAACAAUGCUGAGUGGCUAAUCAGUUGGCGAAAUAUAUAUAUAAAGUAUAUUAAUUUUUCCAUAAUCUAUAAACGAUAUUUAAUAUGUUAAUUAUGCAAAAAUUUGCAUUGAGUUCAAUUUUUGUCUUACCCUGAUAGUCUUGAUGGACGUUGAUGAAAUUUUUUUGUCAAUCCAGGUUCAAUUUCGUUAGAUAAAAUUUAGAAAAACAUUUUCCCCUCCCCAAUCAUGUUCUAUAGACUUUAUCUUAUCCAGGCAUUAGAAAGGUGAUUUAGGACAUAAAAUGGUGCAAAGUUUCCGUUUAUCGUAGUUAUAUACGUAACUGGGUGAAAAGCACACUUUUUAUCUUUAUAUAUGACUAUGAUCAACUCCUAAUUUUGCCUUUUGUUACAUCACAAAUACAUCAGUAGAGUGAUUUACCAGUAAAUUGAGUUAAUAGACAACUCAUUUUUUUAUGGAACCUGUGAUUGUUUCGAAAUGAUAAUCUACAACUAGCAUUUUCUAUUUCACCAACAUUUGUAUAAUAUAUACAAAUUAGAAAACCCCUAACUUAUGAGAAGAUUUAGUUUUGUUUACUGAUUCAAAUUAAUAACUGAAAAAAAUAUCGCUAUGCUUUUCAUAUACAUAGAAAAAACAUAUUCACGGUACUCUUAUGAUUAUGCACGCAAAUAGUAAAGCACGCCAGAGCAUGAUGAAGCGAACUAACUUGCUUUUAUAUAAAUUAUUAUAUUUAACGAAGCAUUGUGACUUCAAGAUAUAGUUUGUUAUUAGAAAACGGACAAUUAAAUAUUGCACUGGAA